AUGGCGGAGUUUGACUCUGCGCGCGCUGGCCCGCACGGCGCCGGAGCUCCGAAGGAGGGAAAAGAGCAGGGUGACUCGCUCCCCAAGACAGAGCGCUGGUGCACAGACGUCGUCUGCCUGGUCAUCUUCGUGCUGCACUGGAUCGCCUUCGUGGUGGUGACCUUCGCGGGCUCGCAAUACGGGAACCCCGCGAAACUGUACCGCCCGAGAGACUUCAGCGGCGGCUACUGCGGGAUCGGAGACUUCUCCGCCGCCGAGAAAAUGGUCCUCAUGAUGAACCUCUCCACCACCGUCGAGCCCGUGGCGAAGCAGUUAGUCUGCUCGACGGCCGCCAUGGAGGCUCUGGGGAGCCUCUGGGGCGCGUCCUCCCUCGAAUACGCGGGGUACCUCUGCGCCUGCUGCCUGGUGGCCUGCGAGAACUGCACCCAGAGCCUCGUGCAGCCAGACCUGGCGGACCCCUGGGCCCUGCUCAGCACGAUCGGAGGCCGGAUGGGGGAGCUCACGAGCCUCAGCGCGGGGGCGUCUCUGUUCUCCAGCUCGAGCGCGAACUUCGGAUCCUUUAGCGCCGAAGACGUCUGGAGCAACAUCGGCACGUACUUCGUCCAGGUCUGCCUCGCCGACGCGUGCGCCGUCCCGAGCGCGUCCAACUUCUCGGGCUACAGGGAGCACGUCUACAGCCCCGCCGGCGACCUGCCGUGGAAGACGGCGUGGGACGCCCUGACAAUGGCACUGGCGCUGCGGCGGGCAUCGGCUCCAUCAUCUCCUCGAGCUUCAUCUUGCAGGCGCUUCCCGAGAGCCGCUGCCCCUACGACGCGAGGUACUGCGUCGCCUUCCCGGGCGUGGAGUUCUCGGAGGCGGUGGAGGGCUGGUGCCUGCCGAAGCCCACCCGGGAGGUCUCCGAGGCGCUCGGCCAGACGGCGGCGGACAACCUGGAGAGCCUGGGCGCGAACUCGCUCGGCGACGUCCUGA